GAGAAUAUAACUGCCAUGUCUUCCGGUACUUUGCCAGAACCUCAGAUGUGCGGCCUUCUGGCUAAGCCUCUGAGAUUUCAUAUUGUUGGAGCCAUAAUUGUAUCCCUGGGGGUUGCAGCUUCCUGUAAGUUUGGUGUAGCUGAACCAAGAAAGAAGGCAUAUGCAGAUUUCUACAGAAAUUAUGAUUCCAUGAAAGAUUUUGAGAAGAUGAGGAAGGCUGGUAUCUUUCAGAGUACAAAGUGAUCUUGGAAUGUAAAGAAUUUCUUUGGGUUGAAUUCCAAGGAAGUUUGUCACUGACCUGUGUUCCUGAACUAUGAAACAUGAAUAUUUGAGCUAAGGAAUAGUUUCUCUUGAUAAAUAAACAAUGAAAAAAAAAAA